AUGGCGAAUCGAUCGAGGACGUCUGCGCAUCGCAAGCCACAGAUACAUCAGCUUAGUAUACAACAACAAAGAAGAGCUCGGCAUCUUGUGGCUCUUGUUCCGAAGCCGGGGGCAAAAUCGGAUUUGGAUGACAGUGAAUCAUCUGCUGAGGAUGAAUUGCAGUACUGUCCCCGCCCAACGCACUCCGACAGCAGUUCACCGCCUCCAUCGUUGCCAUCUUUGAUAGAAAAUCUAAAUCUUUUAUCAGAUGACGACAAUGAGAUAAAUCAAGUGGUUGCUUCAACAUCUUUGGUGCUACACUCACAGUCAUCGCUGUCAACCAACCCAUGUUCACCAUCAAUUUUAUCGUCCAACCCAUCCGCAAUAAGGCAGCUUCAGUGUGCUGAGGCAAGUCCUUUGUCUCCGGUACCACCUUUAUUAGAUCAGGUAUGUUUACCAUCUCCAUUGGCAACCUCCUCGCAAAAACAUUCACUAUUGGCAACCUCUUCCCAAGUACCUUCACCACUGGCAACCUCCUCGCAACUACCUUUACCACGAGCCAGUAACUUGACGUGUCAUAACCAGGUACCGUCUCCAUUGUUUGCACCUUCUCCCUCAGCGGCUACUCGAUCAAAAAGACCUAGAGUGGUCACGAUAAAACGAAAAGUAAUACCUGCUAAAAGAUUACAACCUAAUUGGCGUUGCUGUAAGUUUACCGGUUCUGCAGAAGUGAAAGAUAUCUCGUUUGAGCCACGUGAAGAGAAGUGUGCCAUUGAAUAUUUCAAGCUGUUCUUUUCAGAUGACAUCAUCUCUCUCAUAGUGCAACAAACAAAUAUCUAUAGCACACAGACAAAUGGCAGCUCAAUAAAUAUCACAGAAGAUGAUAUCAAAGAUUUUCUGGCGAUCCUUUUAUUUACGGGGGUCGUUAAAAUGCACGCUUAUACAGAUUAUUGGUCCAAAAUUCUACGAUACGACAAAGUAGCAGAUAUAAUGACUCUGAAGAAGUUCCAGUUACUGAGGCGAUAUAUACAUUUCAAUGAUAAUUUUAUUGACGACGACGAUAGAUAUCACAAAGUUAGACCACUUCUUCAAAAAAUUCGUGAAAAUUGUCUAAAAGUAGAAGAAGAGUCGCGUUUCAGUAUUGAUGAAAUGAUGGUUCCACAUAAAGGAACUAGAGCAGGCAGCCGUAAGCACUGCAAGCACAUUUGUAGACGCGCAUCCUAUCCAGAAUGUGGUUCGUUACAAGAAAGCACAAGGAAGAAAAAUGCCAGUGACAUGCCCAAAUUUGAUAAAGAAUACAACACCGACAUGGGCGGAGUUGACCUGGCAGAUAUGCUGAUUGCUCUGUAUCGUACACCAUUCCGAGGUCAUCGCUGGUAUUUACCGAUCUUCUCGCAAAUGCUUGAUAUUUGUGUGAACAAUGCCUGGCUUCUCUAUCGACGUCAUAGAGAAGCCAGGCAUGAAGCCAGAAAACCCAAGUCGCUAAAAACAUUUCGAAUAGAAAUUUUCGAAAGCUUACGCAGAUUUGAGAGAACUAAUACAAGCAAUAUCAGCAGGACUAGCGUCAGCUCAACCAAGACCAUACAGAGACCUGUAGCUGAAAGACCCCAGAUGCUGUUCGGUAUGAUCAAGUUGCACAUUAUCCAAAUG